AUGGCUGCUCCGGCUGCGAGUGCAGGGCUGGAUGCCAAGCUGAAGAACUUGCAGAGCGCACAGGUCGGACAGGCGCAGGCCACCGUGGUGGAGUCGAAUGAGCUGACGUACGAGCGGAAGCAGCGCGGCUUGGAAAGCCACAUUACUGGCGAGGGAAACACGGUCAACUUUCACACCAGACAGGGUGAAAACUUCCAGGUCACUCCUGAUGCGCUGCCGUCGCCAUCGGCUGCGGCUGCUGAGGAGGCGAUUCCGAUGGACGACGAGCAGAUCUACUCGCCGUCGUGGACCGAGAGCCUGCCCAAGGGUACCUCGAUGAUGGAGACUGUCAUCAACGGACGCACUGUGCGAUACCUGUCCGACGGCGCCGGAGCAGUGUCGUCGGAACUUGCCGCCGACGAGCCGCGGUACAUGCUGAAGUCGGGUGGCAGCGGCGAGUCCGAGUCGGUAGCGAUCGCAGGCCACCCGCUCCACGGCGAUGCCAUCUUUGUUGCCGGUCAUGUCCAGCACCCGCGGACGAAGCGCCGCGCAGAAGACACGCCAACAACCGCCAGCAGUGUAUCAGCAUCUUCAACCGCCGUGCCGAUGGACGACGAGGGUGAGGAGCCCGAGGUCGAUGCCGCCUCCCUCAAUCCUCGUCCCGGCAAGCGCACCAAGCCGCUUGACUAAUCACAGCCCCCCC